AUGAACGUCCAACUUAAUUGGAUACCUGGUCGUCCUGAGCUGGAGAAUGAGAACCUCCUCUCAGCCUUCGGCAUUAGCUUGGCUAUCGAUCGGAGGAUAGCCAAGCAAAAUCUUCGAGCCAAGAGUCCUGAACUAAUGAAGAAAUUCAGUGUUCUGAGACUUGCUUCAGGGGCCAUCCAGCGGGCCGAGGAUAAGCCUCUUCCCCUUCCUCCAAAGGACUCGGCAACCGUGGAGAAGGGUCUGGAGGACGUGCCUUCGGAGCAAGAGGCUCUCCGACUUCUUGAAGAAAGAAAGCAGGUUCAUAUCCCCGAUGAAUCUGAGAGGGUGGUUCCUCCUCAGACGAGGGGUGCGACAAAAAAGAGUGGGAAGAAGAAGAGGAAGCGGGAUUCUUCUUCCCACAAGGAGAAGUCGGCAAAGAGGCCCUCCGUGGGCGCGGUCCCUACCGCCCGGCCCCUCCAAAUAAGGCCAGUUGAAGAGGAGACCUCGCCCCUUCAAGACUCUCCACGGCCAUCUUCAGAUAAAGGGAAGGAGAAAAUGGGGGAAUCUUCCGCGGCUCCCUCCUCUCAGUAUGCCGAGGUUUACCGUCGUCGGGAGGUUUCCCCUUUUCGACGCGACACACCCUUUCCGGAGCUGGGGCAUAAGGGCUUAGUAGUCCGCUUUAACAGGGCGACGUCCAACUUAAUCAGCAAAGUGGACGUCGACCUUUUAGAAUCUAUGCCCCCCCGUGAUAGGGUGCGUCAAGCACAAGCUUCGGCGGCGGAGGUAAUAACUUUUAAACUCAGUAAUAUGAUUAUUUUUUGCUUCCGGAUUUCUUUAAUAAUCGUUCCUUUGCAGGCGUUCAUACGGUUGGCCUUUGAGCUCGACGCCAACCGUCAAAGUGCCGCGGACCAGGAAACCAUGGCCGCCCUUACCUCCCGCUGCGAAGAGCUGAACGAAGAAUUAACAAAACUGCGGGAGGACCUGCCGAGCCUCAAAGAAAAACUGGCCAAGUGCUCUGAGCUGAAAGAACGCUUGGUCAGAACCGAACAAUGGCGGGAAAGGGCGAGGAAGCAGCUGGAUCAGAUCGUUGAGAACUUGGAUGCUGCUUCCACCAGGUCCGCGAGCAUCAGCCAUGAGGUCGGCUUGCUGAUGGAUACUCAUGCCAAGCUCGUUCAUCAGAACCAGCAACUAAUGCAGCAAGUGUCGGCCGAUUCUUCCCACUUCAAAAUGAUUCUAUCCGCGGCUAAAGUAUACAAAUUGUGCCUAACCAGGAAGGCCCGGAUAGCUCGAGAUUGGCUUCUCUCGGAUGAGCCGGAAGCGUCGAAGUUUCUCGGAGAUCUGACGGCCGAGAUGGUGAAGGCCGGAACCAUGAUUAGUGACGAGAAGUAUCGUCUGGCUGCCGCAGAGUUGGGCAUGGAUUUUACUUCCCUUCAGCAAACUGCUGAACAAAAGGGGAGUGAAGCUUUGUCCAACCUUGCUCCUGUCUUGGACGGGGAGUUGGCGGUACUGGUCGACACGGUCUGGGACGCGUCCGAAAAGAGGGCCUGGUCUGAAAAGAUAAAUGCCGAGGCUGAGAGGGAGGCUUUAAGUCUCGACUUGGAGCAGCUGGCUCUCUCUUCUCCUCCGGCGUCAGAUGUCCCAGAGAACUUGACGCUCUCCAACCUGGAGGUUCUAUGCCUUGAUCUAUCGAAUCUCAUUAUUGACGAAGGCCGGAACCUCCAGAGCUUGUCCCGGGAGUUGUCUGAGAUCGGAGUGGAGCCGUUCAAUGUUGAAGAUUAUGUCAGCUUCACCCCGAGUUUUGAAGAGGGAAGGAUCGAAUCUCCUCCGCCGCCGGGUGAAGAUGUCGAGGCCUUUUUUGACGAUGUAUAA